AUGCUGUUCGAGUUCCACCGCAGCCAGAACGCAAAGAAGCCAGGAACAGUUCAUGCGACCUACCUAAUUAGCGGCAUAAAGCGAAAAGAGGACCCGAUAGUUGCGAAUGGUGGAGCAAAGAUCGAUGGGGGGGAUGAUUAUAUGCAGAGCAGUCCUUUUACAGGUAGUUCGAUGCCACAAGGCGACGCUGGAACAGGAGAGAGUGGAGUGCUGAGCAUUACGUUGGUCAAGGAAGAGGAAUUGGAAGCUAUUCGCUCACAGUACGAGCAUAUAUCAUCAAUACACGUCUACAGCAUUGGACCCCAUCCAUUGAAGGACCUCCAAAUUCUCUCCGACGUAAACCGCGAAAUCCAAGUCCUCUGUCUGUCUGAAGACGCCGUCGAAGCCGCCCCAAAAUACGGUACAAUCCUCAACCCGCUCGUCAAAAGACGACCGGCCCGCCGUCCCCCACCAGUCGCAGCCGCUCCUCGCCCAGCAGCCAAACCCCAAGCAAAGCCCAAGCCCGCUGAAACCAAAGAGCCUGCCAAACCCACCAAGCAAGAAACCAAACCUCAGCAAUCAACAGCCGCAAAAGACUUCUUUGCCAAAGGAAAAGAGAAGGCCAAAUCUUCUGCUCCCAGCAAAGAAUCCACGCCUAAUCCUUCUGCAACACUUAAGCGGGAUAGUUCUAGCAUCUUCCAGUCGUUUGCGAAAGCUAAGCCGAAGCUCAAGCGCGAGGGAACGGAUACCAGUGCUUCAGCUGUUGAGACGCCAGUGGAAGAUUCACCGAUGAUGGAUGUGGAUGAUGAUGACGAGGAGGAUGACACAUUUAUUGCACCUGCGCCGAAGAGUAAGGAUAUAGUGGAGAGUGAUCGUAAGAGUAGGAAAGAGAGAGAAGCAGCGCUGAAAAAAAUGAUGGAGGAUGAUAGUGAAGAGGAGGCUGUAAAAGAGGAGCCGGAUAGGAAGAGGCAGAAGAGUGAGGAGGCGAAGGAGAAGAGUGCAAGUGUGGAGCCGAAGGAGAUGGAGGAGGUACCGAGUGUGACUGUUAGUGGAGGACGAAGGAGGGGAAGGAAAAGGGUGAUGAAGAAGAAGACAGUCAAGGAUGAUGAAGGGUAUCUUGUCACCAAAGAAGAGCUGGUGUGGGAGUCGUUCUCGGAAGACGAGCCUGUCGAGAAGCCGAAGCCGAAGAUGCAGUCUUCGAACACGGCGAAGGUAAAGAAACCAGCUGCGAAGGCUGGACAGGGCAACAUCAUGUCGUUCUUCGGCAAGAAGUAA